GCAAAUCCCGGCUUUUCCAAUCAGUUUCCGACGAUAUUUUCACGAUUGCUGAACGCUGAUCGCUUUCGUCCGCUGCUAAGGCGCAAAAUGUUUGCAAGCCAUCGGGCUAUUAAUACUUGCUAUCCCGGAUUGAACUAAAUUCUCAUGUUUGCUCCGUCCCGCGAGUGAAAACUGUAAGCAAAUGGAAAAUUUUUCCACAUCCAAAGCCAAUAUAAUGAGCAAUUCGCCAUCGACAAAUGCAAGAGAGAAAAUUGCGCGCCGUUCCCUAAAUAUAGCCGCCGGUGAAUAGCAGAUUUCGAUGGAAUUGCAAGAGUGCAGUUGUGCAACAACACAGCCUUAAUUAGAGCUGAAUGCAGGCCCGAUGAUGGACAGAGAGACCUUUCAAAAGGACAGCGAAUCCGCCUUGAAAUGGUCGCAAUGAAAGCUAAAUCGGGCACCAUAUGGGCGAACAUAAGAAAAGAUCAGUCAAUAUUUUGCCCAUGUUUACCAUACGCAUUAAACGAUUUAUCGGGAAGGUGCAAAUUGUGGCCUCCCAUGCAAGUUUCCAGUGUUACAAUCAAUGGUUUAGUACUUUAGUUCCAUUUUGGAGGUGAUGUUUGUGUUUGGAGGGAUUUAAGCCCGGACCAUGCAAGCGAAAGGGGUGCUGUGGUGUGUUUUUGCGAAUUUUAUCGUCGCAACUGUGGCAGAAAAGCGAGCAAACUGCACCCGAAAGGACACGAAACUGUUCUGCGAAAAAAACAUCCCCAUUGACGAUUUUCCUUCGAUCACUUGGCUGAAUGUAACGCAAGUCGAUUGGGAAACGCUGGAUUUCAAUGUGGUGCAUCAAAAAUUUCCCAAUUUGCGACUGUUGAGCGUUGUUGGCACCAAUUUGACCAAAGUUCACAAGAUUACACUGCCCGAUACGCCUCUGGACCUUCGAAUUAUCCACUUAUCCAGUUUGCAAAUCACGAACUUCCCUGACAAUUUCACCAGCCACUUUCCAUUUUUGGACACUCUGAACAUAUCGGGAAACUUCUUGGGUGAAUUUCCGAAGUUUUCCUUUGCUGGGCUAGGAAGCGUGUACUUAUCAGCUAACCAAUGGAACUGCUCGAACAGCCUGGAAUGGGCACUGAAAGUAAACCGACAAGUAUUCAAGGAUUUGGAGCAGCUCAGAUGCUUCAAAAUGCCCCAUAAUAACAAGCCAGUGUUGGCUAUCGCGCAAUUUCGCAAGAUAACUCGAGACAGUUGCACCCCGAAUUGUUCCUGUCACUUAAUCAAAUGCAUCACGGACAUGGAAACGGGGGUUUUGGAGCCAAUCAUCGAAGUGAACUGUUCAUUUCGCGGCUUUGUGGAACUACCCUCAAAAUUCCCCCCCAAAACGAAAAUCCUCCAUCUAGAAGGCAACUUUAUUAAAGACUUGGACGCGUUAAGAACCAACCCAAUCUACCGCGAUGUGCUGGAUAUCUAUUUGGACAACAAUAUCGUCACUAGUAUCAACAAUCUAGAAGGUUCCUACUGGUUGACUCACCUCAGAGUGUUUUCGUUGAGGAAUAACGAAAUUACUGAGAUUCCAGCAUAUGCGAUUGAUAACGCUUUGGAGCACAACACGAACAUGCCUAAUGCUGUUAGACUAUUUUUAGGUGGAAAUCCUUGGAGAUGUGACUGCUUGUUUGCGCCAAGAUUUAAGGAAAUGCUUCAGAAAUACGCGCCACAAAUAAUCGAUCUUCGCGACAUAAGGUGUGCGAAGGACUCGGACAAUUCCUUAAUUCCUGUAAUAGAUCUUUCAAGAACAGCAGUUUGCCACUCACCCUCAGAGUAUACAAUCCAAGAAGCCUUGGAUCUACUCAACGGAGUUUUGGCGUCUCUGAUUAUUUUUGUUCUGGGCAAACUGGCGUACGACUACUAUCAUUACAAAAAGACUGGAAGGCUGCCCUGGAUUGUUACCAAAUUGCCCUAAUAAAUGUGAUGUAUAACUA